AUGUUAGCCUGGCCUGGACAAGCUGGGGCAGGUUGUGUGCAUGCUGGCCUUCACCAUACUACUUAUAGCAACAAGUACCUACUCACGUCACUACUACUGCUGGGGCUGGGAGAAAGCAGAGAUACUACUGCUGGGGCUGGGAGAAAGCAGAGAUCCUACUGCUGGGGCUGGGAGAAAGCAGAGAUCCUACUGCUGGGGCUGGGAGAAAGCAGAGAUACUACUGCUGGGGCAGGGAGAAAGCAGAGAUCCUACUGCUGGGGCUGGGAGAAAGCAGAGAUCCUACUGCUGGGGCUGGGAGAAAGCAGAGAUCCUACUGCUGGGGCUGGGAGAAAGCAGAGAUCCUACUGCUGGGGCUGGGAGAAAGCAGAGAUUCUACUGCUGGGGCUGGGAGAAAGCAGGGAUCCUACUGCUGGGGCUGGGAGAAAGCAGGGAUCCUACUGCUGGGGCUGGGAGAAAGCAGAGAUCCUACUGCUGGGGCUGGGAGAAAGCAGGGAUCCUACUGCUGGGGCUGGGAGAAAGCAAAGAUUCUACUGCUGGGGCUGGGAGAAAGCAAAGAUUAUACUGCUGGGGCUGGGAGAAAGCAGAGAUCCUACUGCUGGGGCUGGGAGAAAGCAGAGAUCCUACUGCUGGGGCUGGGAGAAAGCAGAGAUCCUACUGCUGGGGCUGGGAGAAAGCAGAGAUCCUACUGCUGGGGCUGGGAGAAAGCAGAGAUCCUACUGCUGGGGCUGGGAGAAAGCAAAAUCCUACUGCUGGGGCUGGGAGAAAGCAGAGAUACUACUGCUGGGGCAGGGAGAAAGCAGAGAUCCUACUGCUGGGGCUGGGAGAAAGCAAAGAUUAUACUGCUGGGGCUGGGAGAAAGCAGAGAUCCUACUGCUGGGGCUGGGAGAAAGCAGAGAUCCUACUGCUGGGGCUGGGAGAAAGCAGAGAUACUACUGCUGGGGCAGGGAGAAAGCAGAGAUCCUACUGCUGGGGCUGGGAGAAAGCAGAGAUGCUACUGCUGGGGGCUGGGAGAAAGCAGAGAUCCUACUGCUGGGGCUGGGAGAAAGCAGAGAUACUACUGCUGGGGCAGGGAGAAAGCAGAGAUCCUACUGCUGGGGCUGGGAGAAAGCAGAGGUCCUACUGCUGGGGCUGGGAGAAAGCAGAGAUCCUACUGCUGGGGCUGGGAGAAAGCAGAGGUCCUACUGCUGGGGCAGGGAGAAAGCAGAGAUCCUACUGCUGGGGCUGGGAGAAAGCAGAGGUCCUACUGCUGGGGCAGGGAGAAAGCAGAGAUCCUACUGCUGGGGCUGGGAGAAAGCAGAGAUUCUACUGCUGGGGCUGGGAGAAAGCAGAGAUCCUACUGGAAAGUCCCUACCAGGGAGCUCGUCAGCGCUGAAACUGGGAGAUACAAAUCAACUUUGUUUGUGCAGCCUACGUGUGCAUUUAACAAAGUCGUUGUUCAAGCGCCCACUUCAUUUUGUCCUUUGGAUAGUUGUAGAAAAUAUUUACGUCUGUAUCUUGCGAAACCUAGGACCACAGUACUGGAAGGACUUUACUGACCUCAAUAUGUCAAUUCUGCCUUUUACUCCCCCCAUUGUGAAAAGGCUUUUGGGUUGGAAAAAAGGCGAACAGAACGGACAAGAGGAGAAAUGGUGUGAAAAAGCAGUGAAAAGCCUGGUGAAGAAGUUGAAGAAAACAGGGCAACUGGAUGAAUUGGAAAAAGCCAUCACAACCCAGAAUAUCAACACGAAAUGCAUUACCAUACCGAGGUCUCUGGAUGGGCGGUUGCAGGUGUCCCACAGGAAGGGCCUGCCCCAUGUCAUCUACUGCCGUCUGUGGCGCUGGCCCGACCUGCAGUCCCACCACGAGCUGCGGGCCAUCGAGCUCUGCGAGUACGCCUUCCACACCAAGAAGGAUGAGGUGUGUGUCAACCCCUACCACUACCAGAGGGUGGAGACGCCAGUGCUGCCCCCUGUGCUGGUUCCCAGACACACAGAGAUCCCCAGUGAGUUUCCUCCCCUGGACGACUACAGCCACUCCAUCCCAGAGAACACCAACUUCCCCGCCGGCAUCGAGCCACAGAGCAACUACAUACCAGAGACUCCUCCGCCAGGCUAUCUCAGUGAAGAUGGGGAGACCAGUGAUCACCUGAUGAACCACAGCAUGGACACCAGCUCACCCAACCUGUCACCAAACCCAGUCUCUCCAACACACAGCAAUUUAGACCUACAGCCUGUGAUGUACUGUGAGCCGGCCUUCUGGUGUUCCAUCUCCUACUAUGAGCUGAACCAGCGGGUGGGCGAGACCUUCCACGCCUCCCAGCCGUCCCUCACCGUGGACGGUUUCACUGACCCCUCCAACUCAGAGCGCUUCUGCCUGGGCCUCCUCUCCAACGUCAACCGUAACGCCGCUGUGGAGCUGACGCGCAGACACAUUGGCAGAGGGGUGCGUUUGUACUACAUUGGAGGAGAGGUGUUUGCAGAGUGCCUCAGCGACAGUGCCAUCUUCGUCCAGAGCCCCAACUGUAACCAGCGCUACGGCUGGCACCCCGCCACUGUCUGCAAGAUCCCACCAGGUUGCAACCUGAAGAUCUUCAACAACCAGGAGUUUGCUGCCCUGCUGGCCCAGUCGGUGAACCAGGGCUUCGAGGCGGUCUACCAGCUCACCAGGAUGUGCACCAUCCGCAUGAGCUUCGUCAAGGGCUGGGGAGCAGAGUACAGGCGACAGACGGUGACCAGCACCCCCUGUUGGAUCGAGCUGCACCUCAACGGCCCACUGCAGUGGCUGGACAAGGUGCUCAUGCAAAUGGGUUCCCCUAGCAUUCGCUGCUCCAGCGUGUCGUAGGAAUACUCCCCACCCCACCCUCUCUGUCACAGCACCGGUGAAUAAAACACAGACUUCAGACCGUGAACAAAUAAACUAAAGGAUGAGAGAGUUCAGCAGGCAUUGAGUCUUUGGAAGAAGAGCCCUGUAGGCUAAGAAAGCCCAAGCCUGGUCUGCAACAUACUCUCCCCUCCACACCAACUGUUGGUAGCACUUUUUUUUUAACAUGUUUGUGGCAAAAGGGGGCGAGUGCAUUAAAACAGGACUGAGUUGUCAUCCUCUCUGUCAUUAGCCAUUUUUUUUAUUGAACAUGUUUAAUAUGUCGGCAUCUAGUGCCAACGGCGCUGUAACAUGGGAGGUUUUUAAGUCAUGAGAUUCCUCUGUUUCUUUUCUGUUUUUGGGUUAUCAUUGUGUAGUUAGUUGUACAUGUGUUUUAUAUAGAGGUGCAAGAUAAUUAUUCGAUCGGGUAUUUUUGGAGCGGCGAGUGAUACUGCUUUUUAUAUAGCAUGCUAGAAGAACAUGAAGUUUUACACAUUUCAGUUGAGUUUGUUUCAAUGGUUAGGCGUUUGUUGGUGGUGGGGGGGGGGUUUGUGCAAAAUUGUAAAACGCCGCCCAUUGUUAGCUGAUUGAAAAUAUAUGAAUUUGUCGGAAUGAAAUAUGUUCCUCCCUUGCCACUUCUGAGUAUUGUGUAAAGGGAAAUGUAGUAAGAAGCUUUUAGGUGGGGUAGAUGCUCUCCUGUCUGCCCAUUCCCCGGGGCGGGUUUCCAUGUUCUCCUGUUUUUCCCAGAACAGUGCAGCUCGUGUUUGUAAUCCGUCUUUUUGGAAGCGCUCCAAAUCUCCUUCCCGCCUCGUCAGAGACCAUUGGGUUGUGGAUUUGAACUGUCCCCCCAGAUAUCCUCUCAGACUGUCUGAGGAGUUUGAUAUAGAAGUGUGUUUCUAAAAUACUAGUUCAACAUCCAUCUGAAACUGUGGUGUGAUUAUCCAUAGCAUAUGACAAAAUUAGAACUUGACAAACUUUUGUCAUGGCAAUGGCCGUGUUGAGCGACGUUGCCCCCUACGUUUUACAAGAAAUCUCAAUAAAGUUUGGGAAUAGUUGAUCCAAUCGUUUAUAUAGGUAAACGUAUACUUCAAGGGGCGCUUCCUAGUGUCCAUUUUGGAAAAGUGACUUGACUGCUUAUGGGCAUUGCCAAGUGUUGCCAGUCAGCUGUUGUUCUCAGAACCUAGGAUUAAGCGAAGUAUCCUGGACUGUAGAUACAGGAGUGUUCCUUCCUCAUCUCUAUUUUACUACAGAAGUGUAGUGUUUUGUAUUUUGUAAUGAAACGCCAUGCAAGAGUAUGGUGCUGAUGUGAAAACCCUGAGCGUUGCUGUAUCACUUGUCAAAUCUAGCUAGCCUAAUCACACACACACACCAGUUGCCAUGCCCCCCGUCCUUGGCUGAUACCGUCUCAAACUGCACAUUUCUAGGACUCCAUGGUUUCCCCUGGAAGAGAGCACUGUGAGUAAGUGUUCAACCUGUACCACAGUCUGUAGGAUUAGUGUUGUCUCUCUCAUCACCGUUUCACUGACGUAGUACUCACUCAUAUCCAGCAGGGGGUGCUACUCUCUCAAAACAAACCGCGUGUGUGUAUAUACAUCUAUAAAAAGUCAAAUGCAUGCUUAUUUUCACACUCGCUCUCUUUCUUUGUAAUGUAGAUUCUAUUUUGCUACCAAGUAUUUUUGUAGAAAGGGGAUGGUAUAGCAUUAUAUGCUCUGCUCCCAAUGUUGUGCACGUCUAUGGAGACAUACUGCUGUUCGGUGGAGAGGACACCAUUUUGGGGAAAGCUGUUUUUUUUGUUUUUUUUUAAGGGAAAUGUUUGCCAGGGUCGGGCUAUGUACAUAGUAGGACCAAGUCCCCUUUCUGUCAGUCAGUACUUUCUAGAAUACUCUACCCCUCUUAUGAAAUGCAGGAUUUAAGCCUGCUAACUGGGAUGGCAGGUAGCUUAGUGGGUAAGAGCGUUGUGCCAGUAACCGAAAGGUCGCUGGUUCUAAUCCCCGAGCCGAC